AACCAUCAGGUUUGGGAUGAUAAAGCUGAUGUUUGGUGCCUGGGAGCAAUUCUUUUAGAGUUCAAUUUAGAGAGUUAUAUGUGGGACUCUCAUUGUAUUGAAAAGGCCAAACUGAACUAUGUUGACAGUGUAGAAAAACAGGAACCAAUCAGAUUUGGAUUAAAAAUACGGUGGUCCUCUUUUGAAUUUCUUUGGGAUUGUCUGAGUUAUAAAAGUGAACACAGGCCUAAAGCAGCCGAUUUGGCAGAUGGGUUUCAGCUGCUAAUUUGUCAAAAUACCAAAACAAUUCGAGAACUGCCUCUCACUGACGAUAUGAUUUUUUGGCUCAGUAAACAAACCUCUCUGCUGGCGAACUGGCAGCCUCUGGCCUCUAAACUUGGGGUCAACUCAAUAGUUCCAAUUGUAAGGGACGUGGUUAGCAUAUCCGGAGACAGGGUUAGUGUGGUUCUAGAAGCAUGGAAGGUGAAAUAUUCUAAAGAAGCAAACUGCUCUCGGUUAAUUGCCGCUAUUCAGGGUUUGCAACUGCAAGGUGUGGUGGAUGAUUUCUACAGAGAAUUCCAAAUUUCUAAAUCCAAACGAAAAUAUUCCAGGGAGAAAACUUAAACAAGAGAACGCUGUUGAAAACCAGCGAAGGGUUGGUCGUAGAAAACAUCAAGAGUUUUGAACAUUUUUACUAUGGCGCAUCACAUAAACAAAAUCUACUUUUUCUUCCAAAAAAUUUACCGAUUUCAUGUCAACACACCUGCAUUUUGAACUAAAAGAAGACUGCAUGUAGAAGAAGUUUUGUUUUCAAUAAAAAAUUUUAUUUUGUUGUUUUUUAA